GAUGGUCACACCACGGGGAUUACAGUACCUUCUCGUGAAGCGCAGCCCACCCUGAUCCGCUCUGCCUAUUGUUCUGUAGGCUUAGACGUCUCACAUACUGCAUACUUUGAGGCACAUGUGAGUAGCCUCCCCUCCUCCUCUUAUUUCAACUAG